GCUGAAGAUUUUAAAAUAGGCUAUCCUGAUACUAUACAAUUAUUUGAAGACUGGAAUGUUUUUAUUAAGACUUGGUCAGAUUUUACAAAAUUAUUGAUUACUUUGAGAAGAGGAUCUAUUAAAGAUAAACAUGCUCGUUCACUUCUUAUACAAUUAGAUGCUUCAGAUGUAAAUGGAAAUUUCAUGGUAUCUGAAAUUAUCAAACUUUUAUUAUUGCCAUAUUUGAUUCCAACGAAGACACAAAUAAAAAACUCCUCUGCUAAUACUUCUAACAAAACCAAAUUUUGGAAACCAUCUUUGGAGGAAUCAGCGGCUGCAUUCAUUUGUCACGUUACGAAUCUUAUUGAACUUAAUGAAGAAAUUCUUAAAAGGCGCAAAAAGUAUUCUCAAUUUGGAGCAACCAUACAGCCGUACUUGAUAUUAGUUGGCAAUGAUAUAUAUUCAAUAAAUACAUGCUAUGUGAGAGUGAAUGAACAACUAUGGGCUUUUGAAUGUCCACUCAAAGCUUUGGACGCCUGCUUCAAAAUAUAUUUUGCAUUAAAUUGUGCGUAUUCAAAAGAAUGCUAUGAGACAUGGAUGAUAAUACAACUUCUAGUUUAUAAGAUCAAAACACCGUUUGACAAACCAACAGCAAUUAUUAACACUAUACUAAAUAAAUUUUCAAAUGUAUAACUUUAAA